CCAUCGAUAAGGAUUUCUUCCUAACCGAGUCGUGAUAACUUUCGACGGCGCGAGGGCGGCGAAUGAUGCGGCGUCUAAAUAAUAUGACCCUGGUUCCUCGUCCAGCUCCAUCAUACCAUACAUUCAACCAUAAGUCCUUCGUAUCACCGAGAUAACACGGACAUUUUUAUAUCAUAUCGAAAAUGUCGUUUUGAAGGGUCUCAACCGUGCGCUUCUCCUCGAAAACCACAAUUUCCUCUUAAAAAAUGAUCUUUCCGCGCCAAUUUCGUCCCGACUAACAACCCCGCGAUUCACUUCAAUGGCUACACCGUCCAGCCCUUCUUCGGGCUCGUUCCAAUCUUUUGGUCAACUUUCUGAGGGCUCAAGGACAGUUCCAGGAUCCAACAGUAGAGGGAAACCGAGAAACAAUGACAUGGAGUCUUCAUCAGCUGCAGCCAAGCGGCGAUGCGUCAGCACUGCUUGCAUCGCAUGCCGGAAGCGAAAGUCCAAGUGUGAUGGCAAUACACCCAGCUGUGCAGCCUGCGCAUCAGUGUACGGAACGGAAUGCGUUUACGACCCGAAUUCGGAUCACCGGCGAAAAGGAGUCUACAAACGAGAUAUCCACAAUCUCAAGACCAAAAACUCGACACUACAGACAUUGAUACAAGCGAUCUUAAAUUUCCCCGAGCACGAGGUCCCAGAAUUGGUCCGGCAAAUUCGAACCUGCGAAAGUCUCGACGAUGUUGCCGAAUCCUUACUCGUCAAAGAGCACGCCUUGAAUGACCAGUUGGGCGAUCCGGACCAAAGUCCUCGUAGUGACGACAGUAGCGCCGAUUAUGUUACAUUUGAAUCGCAAUUGUCUCAAAAGAUGGGAGAGUUGAGAUUGGAGAAUGGCUCCGUCCGAUUCUUUGGAGGAACGUCAAAUCUCCUGCAUAGUGCCGAUUUCGAUGGGGAUGAAUCGGCAUUACACACGCCAGAUGGAGAACAGUUUCCAGAUGGGCAAGACUCAAUCACAUCGUGGUCGAAUGUUUCUUCUGACAAAGAACUGAUCAUUCACCUCAUCAACAUGUACUUUACUUGGCAUUACGCAUACUUUACCACACUCUCCAGGUCACUAUUCUAUAGAGAUUUUCUGAAAGGCAAGCCAUCUGGGGACGUCCGGACAAAGUCGGAGUACUGCACACCACUCUUGGUUAAUGCGAUGCUGGCCCUUGGCUGCCAUUUUACUUCAUGGCCUGGGGCACGAGCUGAUCCUGAAGAUUCUGCGACCGCCGGCGACCACUUUUUCAAAGAAGCUAAACGCCUACUCAUGGAGGACGAUGAGUUAGAAACGCCGAAAUUACCCACUGUGCAGGCUCUAGCUUUGAUGUCGGUACGAGAAGCUGGUUGUGGUCGUGAAGCUAAAGGCUGGGUGUACAGUGGAAUGAGCUUCCGUAUGGCGUGUGAUUUGGGGCUCAAUCUUGACUCUGGGGGUAUUUCAGCCAACAAGAAUUCAAGCCUUGAUCCGGCGGAGGAAGAUGCUCGGAGAAUAACAUUUUGGGGAUGCUUCCUUUUUGACAAGUGCUGGUCUAACUAUCUAGGCCGCCAGCCUCAACUUGUCGCAUCUGCCAUAACGGUGCCUCAUUUUGAGGUUUUCCCAGAUGAGGACGCUGCCAUUUGGUCCCCAUAUACCGACAGUGGGCCGAUUGCCGCUCAUGCUCAGCCGUCGAGGACGCGAGCUGUCGCUCUUCAGAUAUCCUAUCUCUGCGAAAUAAGUAGCGACAUUAUAAAUUUUUUCUACCAUCCAUCGCGUCUGGAAAAGCCACCAGGCAAACAAGCAGAGCUGAAGAAGCUGAGUGAAGUUCAUACAAGACUGGAGGCAUGGAGAAAGAACUUACCCAAAGAGAUGGAGCCCAGAGAAGGUGCUCUGUCCAGUGUGUUGGUCAUGCACAUGUUUUUCCAGCUCUUAUUCAUUCACAUGUUCCGCCCCUUCCUCAAGUACAAUCAAGCGACCUCACCGCUCCCAGCCAACGUUUCGCCACGGAAGCUUUGCACACAGGCCGCGACAAUGAUCUCGAAAAUAAUGCGGCUCUACAAGAGGACCUAUGGACUCCGCCAAAUUUGCAAUAUCGCAAUAUACAUUCUCCACGCGGCCUGCACAAUUCACAUGCUUAAUCUACCCGAGAGGAACGCCAGCCGGGAUAUCACCUACGGGCUCAAACAUGCCGAAGAAAUGGCUGAAGGGUGGCUCUGCGCUCGUAAGACGCUGAGCAUUCUCGACCUCCUCGUGAAGAAAUGGAAUAUCGAACUCCCCGAGGAAGCCUCUACUGUUCUUCAAAGGGCCGCUGGUCGGUUUGGCUUCCGACAAUCAGGCACUGGCAGCACCCACCAGUCUCCUUCUAUCAAGAACUCUCCAGUUAGCACCGCCACACCCGCCACCAUCAGUGAGCAGCAGUCUUUAGCCGUCCCGCAAGGCACAUGGCAGGAUUCAUACUUUCAGUCCUACCCAAGCGGCUUCUAUCAAGGAUCCGCAGCAUCAACAGCAUAUGCCAGCGCCGUUGGCACGCCAGAGACUUAUCAACAUGCCACACUCUCACUCCCGCCCCAGUCGGCCGCUGAACUUCAAACCCUCAACAAUCAUAGACGCUACUCAGCAAAUGCUGCUGCCAAUCCUCAUCAAGACCACAAACACUGGAUGGGAGCGGGCGCAACAAACACAGGGGCGACACGAAAGCGACAGGCUUCUCCUGGCACUACACCCGCUCAAUCAGGCCAAACUACCCAGUCAAAUAAUUCUCCAACCUUGCUGUUCCAUGACGCUGGCGCCAUCGCAGAGGACAGCCAGGAAUGGCUGCUCCGUGAACACUCUGCGCUUGCUAUGGGCUUUGGCAACUGGACUGGCGCUGGUGCUACUUCCGGGGCAGAAAUGGAUCCUCCCUUAUUUGGUAAUGAAUCUACGGGCGUUUUUGAUCAAUCUCAUAGCACUGGCGGCAAUACUCAGCAAGGAUGGUAUUUUUGAGCGGGAUUUAGUAUGUUUGGGUUUCAGCUGCUUGUGGAUUUCGGCUUUUUUGGGAUUUUCGCCAUUUUUGGAUCUACAAUGGUUGGUUUGGAUUUGUUGGUAUGACUUGGAUGUAUAGAGACGAAAGCGAGGGCGUUCUGUUUUUACUUUUCAUUUUUGGUUGCUGUUAGAUUAUAUCACCGUUUUUCGUCGCGGAUGCGGAUACUGUUGUUAGGGUUGCUCUUUUUUUUUUUUUUGGCGAAGCGACGGAAUAUGGGUU